UGAUUUCUCUUCUCCAGCGCGUCUCUCUUGUGUUUUCAAACUGACUAUGCCUCUGAACGCUCUUCCCCGCGGAGGCAGGAGCAGCAUGGCCGGGCUGGGUUUGAUGGGAGUCGGGGGUUCUGGCCCGGGAUCGUUGAGUCCAGCCUCCCUGUCCCGCAGUCUGUCCCGGCUGAGGGAGUACCGCACGCGUACGAGGAUCAUGCUGGCUCUGGGGGUGUCUCAGAUGGUCCUGGGGAGUCUGAUCCUGGCUGUGAGCUUCGCAGCGCUGGCUCUCACCACGUCCCCCCGUGUGCGCCACUCGUGUCCCUUCUGGGCUGGAUUUUCAGUGCUGCUGUCUGGUCUGAUUGGAGUCGUGUCCUGGAAAAGGCCGCUGUCUCUCGUGAUCACCUUCUUCAUGCUGCUGUCGGCCGUGUGUGUGAUGCUGAACCUGGCGGGCUCCAUUCUGUCGUGCCAAAACGCCCAACUGGUCAACUCCCUGGAGGACUGUCAGCUGCUGAAGUUUGACAGUGACGGAGUGUGCGUCUGCUGCGAGCUCCAGCAACAGAGCUCCAGCUGUAACAACCUGGGAGAGACGCUCAAACUCAACCCCCUGAGGGACUGCAACACCAUCCGGCUGCGCCUCAAGGAGCUGCUGUUCAGUGUGUGCGCUCUGAAUGUGAUCUCCACCAUCGUGUGCGCUCUGGCCACCGCCAUGUGCUGUAUGCAGAUGGUGUCCACGGACGUGCUGCAGAUGUUCAUGCCACACAGAGCGCGCGCCCUGAACGCCGACUGCAUGACCCCGCACGGGACCAUCCUGCACCAGACUCUGGACUUCGAUGAGUUCAUACCCCCGAUCCCCCCUCCUCCGUACUACCCCCCGGAGUACACCUGCACCCCCUCCAUGGACGCGCAGAGGGGCUUGCAUUUGGAUUUUCCUCAUUCUCCUUUCAGUGCCAUUUAUGGAGUUCCCAUCAACAGUCCCGGGACCCUCUACCCCACAGACCUGCCUCCCCCCUAUGAAUCUGUGGUGGGACAGACUCCAGCCAGUCAGGUCACUACAAGCAUUGAGCAGCCGGGCACAGGGUCCAGUCUGUGUGACCGAAACACCACUGCAGGACUCAGCACUCAGGCCUCAGUGGACAGUGCGUCUCUGAUGGUGUCUGAGGUGGCUGAUCCGGACCAGACCUGCUCCUCUGAAGACCUGUGCUCUCUGGAGGUGCAAGGCUCAGACCUGUCUCCUUACGGGACCCUGCACACGGCCCCCACAGACGGUAGCUGCAACAGCCUGGAGCUGUGCACACGACACUCUCGCUGUCACCGCGGCCUGGUGUGCUCCGAGACGCGCCCCAGUGACACGGGCUACAGCGAGUCGUCGCACACUCAAGAGGAACGCUCUCCAGACUGGUCCUCUGGGAACUACAGUAAUCUGGACCAGGAGGAUUCCGCCGAACACACUCACCCCAGUGAGGAGCUGCGAGCCAUGCACAUCAGCGACGAGCUGGCCUCAGCCAAACAGCUGCCAGAGGAGCCCCCCAAACCCUCUGCCCACUCCCUCAUAAAGGCUCGCAUGAUGAGCCGUAAGCUGACUCUCCCCGUCACUGUGUCCCCUCCGCCGCAGCCCUGCUCCCCCACAUCAGUGGCCUCUUCUGGGGGAACAUCUGCCUUUAGCCCCCUGGCUCCGUCUCUGUCCCCCUCCCCUCCAGUUCGGGCACGAGGCCCGCGGUUAUGUUUCAGUGUCUGGUCUCCUGCUUCGUCACAGCCCCCUUCCACCUCCUCUACCUCAGCUCAGGGCAGCUCCCCUGACCGGCCGCGAGGGCUGAGAGCGACCAGGAAGUACCGCAAACUGGCACGCAUCGUCCGCUCCACCAGCGACCCCCUCGCAUGCUCCACCACCUCCGGAGGAGAAAAUUAUGGCUGUGCUGCAGCAAACAACCCUGCUGAGGAUUCAGUGCGUAUUUCACCAGAACAAGUGGGCAGCAAACCCAGUCAUGGCAGCGCUAAGAAGCAGCAGAAAGAAGCCAAAAAGAUGGACCUUCAAGUGAAAUCGCGGAGCAUGCACUCUCAGCCCUCGCACGAGCGCCCUCACUCUCUGGCCGAUCUGAAGAUGUACAAAGACACCAAAAUCCUGGUGGCCAAGUUUCUGGAGCACUCGAGCUGCAGUCUACCUCCUGAAGUCCAACAGGUCGUCAACAACAUCAAGUGUGUCAUCAAGUCCGAUGAGAAACACAUGGAGGAGGCUAUUUUCAGCGCCAACGUCAUUGACCAGAUGAUGACGCAGAGGAUCACAGGUAGUCCCAGAAAGCAUACCUACGAGGACCUGCACCUUCAGAGCUGUGGGGCCCUGAGCUCCUCCCCCUCCCCCUCUCUGCACCGUCCCACAAACACCCAGCCACACACAACCAGCGCCUCCAGCAACCCCUCAGACUCCCCUUCAUCUGAACAGGGCGUUUUGUGCAGAGAAACUAUUCUUUGACCUCAGUGAGAACACCGAGGGGUCAUUUCAGGGCACUAGUGCGGCCGCUUGGAGCACGGAACACUCCAUGUCCAAGCAGUGACUUACAACUGCUCUUGCGUUGGGAGAUUAAGUGCAAAGUAUUGUGGGAUUGCAGCAGUUUGCCCGAAAUGGACUCCAUGCAUCUUCUAUAGUGCCCAGAGAGACUGUGCCAAGUCAUCAGCAGAAAUGGUAGCAAACUGAAGACUGAGCCUGCCACUGUCUGUAGUGACGUUUUCUCAUCAAAAACAGGAAUGUUUCUCCCUCAGGGGAUGUUUUCUACCGAAUUUCCUCUAUAAAUAUAUAAGUUUUUGCUAUGUUGGAUGUUGGAGUGCCAGGCAAUGAUUAAUGUUGCUCUUUUCCUUUAAAGACAUAAAGGGUUGUUUUGUAUUAAAAUGUGAACUGACCAGUCUGGGCACAUAAGCCGUUGUUUUCAGGCAUUGUGGAGCUGUUUCUGAUGGUGAGGUGGUGUGUAUUUAUAGUGCCACUGGUUCAAGAACAUUGCAG